GUAUGUAUGUGGUCAUUGAAUUAGAUUGAAAUUUGGUGAAUAUUUAUGAGAAUAAAGCCAUGGUAAGCGGUUAGGAUCAAGCACAAACAUUUUUCCACGUGUGACCCGUGUUAUUGGAAGCCACAUGCUUGCAAUUCAUGCUAUUUCUUGUUGUCAAAUGUACUUAUUUCACUUUUGGAAGAAAAAAAGGGGCCAAAAAUGUAAAAGUUGCUACUAAAUUGAACCCAGAAAAAAUGUUGUUUUAAGGAGUCAAAACUUCUCUUAUUUCUUGCAUCACUGCCACCUCCAUCUAUACAGCACAACCAAUGUUACUGUCCCCUUUUUCUUUAUCUGCUAUUGCUGGCAUUUUUGCAUAAUUCCCUGUUACUGUUUUGGUGUGUUAUGGUCCCACAUUGGUUAAAUAAAAGACUUGAUUUGUGUACAUGAACUCCUAACACCGUUCCCUUGCAAGCCGGUAUCCAGGGACAAGUUCUACCUAUGAGUUCAUAAUACAUAGUCAUAUACAUUCCUCAGAAAGGUGUUCUAAAUGUGUUUUUUCAUAAAAAAUCCAGGCAGGAAUAAGUAACUAAACAGAGAUGCACAUUCUUUUUGGUGUUAUAAGUUGUUACCUAAUGGAGCUUUUGUUGAAUGGAGUUCGGUGCUUAACUGAAGGUUUCCAACCUUUAUAUCCUUUCUUACCAGUAACUAGUCUAUGUAAUAUGCUGGAGAAUAGGAACUAAUUUAUAAUAAUGAUGCAGAGGCAAAAAGUUUAUCUUUUUCCGUGGGGCUUGUAAAUGAUGCACUUGUAAUCAACAGUAAAUUACAUCUGAGAGCAUUUCUCCUUUAUUCUCUUCUUAUUGUAUUUCAUUCAGUCUUUUGCAUUGUUGUUCUAGUCUGAUGCUGCUAACUUUAUCAGUUGCUGAAAGAAGAUGGCCAAAGCUGAUGAUAUUCAGCCACUCGUCUGUGAUAAUGGGACAGGAAUGGUUAAGGCCGGAUUCGCUGGAGAUGAUGCUCCAAGGGCCGUGUUUCCAAGCAUUGUGGGUCGCCCACGUUAUACUGGUGUAAUGGUUGGUAUGGGCCAGAAGGAUGCAUAUGUUGGGGAUGAAGCUCAAUCCAAGCGUGGUUUCCUAACUCAAGUACCCAAUUGA